AUGCGCAUGCGCUGCUUCGACUCGGCGCACCACGAUGCGUCAGACGAGGUGAUUCGCCCCUGGGACCACACCCAGGCCACAGAUGUGGAGUCCACCCCAGCGCCUCGCGUCUACGACCAGCACAAUACACCGAGGGACCAGGAACAGCUGAUCAGCUCCACUACGGGCGGCAGUGUGCCUUUUACUUUAUCAGAGGGAUACGCUAGUACCGCCGCCUUCCCUCCUCCAAGCACCUCCUACUCGCCCACCGCACGUAGCUCUCCUCCUCCCCCAAGCAGCUUCUACUCGUCGACACCCCUGCACGCAGUCCUUCCUCCGGGGCGGCAGGAGGGAUCACGCAACCACAACCGCCACGUAGAGAUCGUCCCAGCUCUCGACCUUCAAGCUCUGCUCAAACCCGACGUUAAAGCAGUCCGCAAAGUAGCGCCUCAGCCUGCGGACCGCCUGCUCGCCAAGGAGUGGAUGCGUCCCCCAAAGUACGGAGGCCACUCAAAGCGCGACCAGCUCGGGAGUGUCACAGAGAGCUGGGGACCACUCCCAACUGGCGUGGUGCGUGUGGGGCUGUUCCAGCACGAGCCUGAAGCCCCCAGCCCGACGGGUAGCCCCAUCCCCGUCGAGGAGGUCCCCAUCGGGCAUGCCAGCCGCGGGAACCACUGGGAGAUCACCAAGGAAGAGGCACUGGCUCGGGCCCGCGCUGGAACCAGCUUUGACGCAUGGUCAUCCACGUCCACCUGGAACCUUGAUGACGACAAUUAG